UGCAUGUAUUACAAUUCAACUGUACUGUACUAUCAAAUUAUCUGUUGUCAUGUACAACCAAAUUCGAAGUACAUCAUGAGAAUCAUUGGGUUGUUGAUAUUAAUUGUUUUUAUUUUAUUUUUUUGCACUUUGAAAACAAUUUGAAUAGUUUCGAACUUAAAAGUGUUUGACUAGUAGAGAGGUUCACAUAUUUUGAAGACAAAUUUCAAAGCUUAUCCUCACAAACACUACAUGACAAGUGACUUUAUAUGUAUUGACUCUGACUUAUGUUGCCGUCGUUGUUUUGUUUAUAGUCUGAAUACUCUGUUUCAACAUCACCAAAAGUAGAACACAAAACAGAGGAAAACGAAAACAAUGUCGAUUUUUCUGUAUUUCAUCUUGUUUCUUCUUCCUCCCGUGCUAUUAACGUUAAUAUUCAUGAAUAAAACCAACGACUCGAAAAAGAAUCUUCCUCCUGGCCCACCGAAGCUUCCGAUCAUCGGAAACCUACAUCAGCUACAAGGGAUGCUUCACAGAUGGCUUCACGAUCUCUCCAAGAAACACGGACCCGUGAUGCUUCUCCGUCUAGGUUUUCUCGAUUUGGUUGUGAUCUCAUCGAGCAAAGCGGCUGAAGAAGCACUUAAAGUACAUGACCUUGACUGUUGUACAAGACCUAAGACCAACGCUUCAUCAAAAUGCUGGCGUGAUGGUAAAGACAUCGCCUUUGCGUCAUACGGUGAGGUUUCGAGAGAGCUGCGCAAAGUUUCUGUUCUUAACUUUUUCAGCACGAAAAUGGUUCGAUCUUUUAGGUACAUAAGAGAAGAAGAGAAUGAUUUGAUGGUCAAGAAACUUAAAGAAUCAAGUCAGAAGAAGAGUACAGUUGAUUUGAGCCACACAAUUUUCUAUCUAGUUGGAAGUAUCAUAUUCAGAUCCACCUUUGGGCAGCGUUUGGACGAGAACAAGCAUGUCAAUAAGGAAAAGAUCAAAGAACUCAUGUUUGAUGUCCAGCAAGUUGGAUCUUUAAGUAGCUCUGAUCUUUUCCCUGCUGGUGUAGGGUGGUUUAUGGACUUUGUUUCAGGACGUCACAAGAAACUUCACCAAGUUUUCACUGAGGUUGAUACUCUGUUGAAUCAUAUAAUUGAUGAUCACCUGAGAAACCCUAUAGAAGAAACAACUCGUGAUCGUCCUGAUAUCGUUGACUCGCUCUUAUAUAUGAUAAAUAAACAAGAACAAGAUGAAUCUUUCAAGCUCACCAUUGAUAAUCUCAAAGGAAUCAUCCAAGAUAUAUAUCUUGCUGGAGUAGACACAAGUGCCAUCACCAUGAUUUGGGCAAUGGCAGAGCUUAUUAAAAACCCGCGUGUGAUGAAGAAAGCUCAAGAUGAGAUCCGAAGUUGCAUUGGAAUCAAAAAAAUUGGAAGAAUCGAUGAAGAAGAUGUUGAUAAGCUUCAAUACUUGAAGCUUGUGAUCAAAGAAACCUUAAGAUUACACCCAGCAGCUCCCCUUUUACUUCCAAGAGAAACAAUGGUUGAUAUCACGAUUCAAGGCUACGACAUUCCUCGGGAAACACUUCUUUUGGUUAACGCAUGGUCGAUAGGACGAAGCCCUGAUCUUUGGAAAAACCAUGAGGAGUUUAAUCCAGACAGGUUUAUCGUUUGUCCUAUUCACUACAAAGGAAAUAAUUUUGAGAUGUUACCAUUUGGUUCUGGUCGGAGGAUAUGUCCAGGGAUAGCUUUUGCGAUUGCGACUGUUGAAUUGGGACUAUUGAACUUGCUUUACUUCUUUGAAUGGAGACUGCCUGAAGAGGAUAAAGAUAUUGACAUGGAAGAGGCAGGUGAUGUCACAAUUACGAAGAAAGUUCCUCUUAAACUUCUCCCAGUUUUUCAUCACUGAGUGAUGUCCCAAUUUAUGAAUAAAUGUUAUUUUGGUUAUGUUGUUGUGGGAAAUUGUUGACUAAUAAUAGUCUAACUAGAUACGAUCCGCAUGUACGUGCGUGAUUGAUUUCAAAAACUAUGUUUACUGUAAA